AUGGUCAAGAAGAGAAAGAACAAGUACGACCCUCUCGUCCCCUCUCUGCCCUCGAGCAUGGCUUCGACCGGACGCAACAAGAAGGGCCGCGGCCACGUCAAGCCCAUCCGCUGCAGCAACUGCUCGCGCUGCACGCCCAAGGACAAGGCCAUCAAGCGCUUCACCAUCCGCAACAUGGUCGAGUCUGCUGCUAUCCGUGAUAUCUCGGACGCCUCCGUCUUCGCGGAGUACACCGUACCCAAGAUGUACCUGAAGCUGCAGUACUGUGUCUCUUGCGCCAUCCACGGCAAGAUUGUCCGUGUCCGUUCCGUCGUCGGCCGCCGCAACCGUGCUCCCCCUCCCCGCGUCCGCUACAACAAGGACGGCAAGAAGAUCGUCCCCACCGUUGCCAAGACCGCUUAA